AUGGGCCGUCUUCACAGCAACGGAAAGGGCAUUUCUGCCUCUGCUCUCCCCUACUCUCGAUCCUCCCCUGCGUGGUUGAAGACCACCCCCGAGCAGGUUGUUGAGCAGAUCUCCAAGCUCGCCCGUAAGGGUGCCACCCCUUCUCAGAUCGGUGUCAUUCUCCGUGACUCUCACGGUAUUGCCCAGGUCAAGCACGUCACUGGUAACCGAAUUCUCCGAAUUCUCAAGUCCAGCGGCCUCGCCCCCGAGCUCCCCGAGGAUCUGUACAUGCUUAUCAAGAAGGCUGUUGCCGUCCGAAAGCACCUUGAGCGCAACCGUAAGGACAAGGACUCCAAGUUCCGUCUCAUUCUCAUUGAGUCCCGAAUUCACCGUCUGGCCCGUUACUACAAGACCGUCGGUGUCCUUCCCCCCACCUGGAAGUACGAGUCCGCUACUGCCAGCACCAUCGUCGCUUAA